ACCUGCACAGUGGGAGGCAGGGACCCCCGCCAGACGCUCGGGUCGUGCGCGCCGCUCUGACCUCUGCCCGCCCGGGAAACUAACAAAGGCGGUGCGCCAGCCCAGAGCCCGAGAGCGGCGAGCGGCGGCCGCGGGGCGGGCGAGCUUGGGCCGGGCCGGGCGAGCGCCGGGCGGGGGCUGCUCCGGAGUCGGGAGCAGCGGCGCCGGAGGACGCGGAUCUCUCGCCGCGCGCGCCGCUCGGACGCCGCCGGCACCAUGGGCUGCUGCACCGGGCGCUGCUCGCUCAUCUGCCUCUGCGCGCUGCAGCUGCUCUCAGCAUUAGAGAGGCAGAUCUUUGACUUCCUCGGCUUCCAGUGGGCGCCUAUUCUUGGAAACUUCCUACAUAUAAUAGUCGUCAUAUUGGGUUUGUUUGGAACCAUUCAGUACAGACCUCGAUAUAUCGUGGUGUAUACAGUAUGGACUGCCCUCUGGGUCACCUGGAAUGUGUUCAUUAUCUGCUUUUAUUUGGAAGUAGGUGGGCUCUCUAAGGAUACAGACCUAAUGACAUUCAACAUCUCUGUACACCGGUCCUGGUGGCGGGAACAUGGACCUGGUUGUGUCCGAAGAGUGCUGCCCCCGUCAGCCCACGGCAUGAUGGACGAUUACACGUACGUCUCCGUCACAGGCUGCAUCGUCGACUUCCAGUACCUGGAGGUCAUCCACAGCGCCAUCCAAAUACUGCUCUCUUUGGUUGGUUUUGUGUGUGCCUGUUAUGUGAUCAGUGUUUUCAUGGAAGAGGAGGACACGUUUGAUUUCAUAGGUGGACUUGAUGCACACUCCUACCACCAGGAUCAUGUUGAACUAAAGCCUGUUAAUCUGUCGAAAUAAGUAAUGACAUUGACUCUGAAAUGCAGCUGCUGAACUUGACUUGGGAAGCAAAGC